CGUUACCGUGCAAGUCAAUCCGACUUGCCGAGUCGUGACGGUCAUUUUCCUAAUCUAUCUAGAAAAUUUCGUUUCGUGAAAGAAAUCGAUUUUUUUUUCUUUUCCAAAAUGUCUCAUCAAAAGACGGACAAGGCGGGUGGUGCUCUCGGCGAGCAGCCGAAAAUCUACCGCAUCCGCAUCACCCUGACGAGCCGCGACAUCCGCUCGCUCGAGAAAGUGUGCGGCGAGCUCUACGAGCGAGCUCGGUCCAAGGGCCUCCGGUCUAAGGGCCCGGUCCGUCUUCCGACCAGAAACCUCAAGAUCACCACGCGCAAGACGCCGUGUGGCGAGGGCAGCAAGACCUGGGACGCUUAUGAGCUGCGCAUUCACAAGCGACUGAUCGACCUCUUCGCCCCGACCGAGGUUGUCAAGUCCAUCAUUGUCAAUAUCGAGGCGGGCGUCGAGGUCGAGGUCACUAUUGCUGCUUGAUUUAGCAUGUCAAGCAGCAGUUGCCCUACCUAUGCCGGUGUUCCUGGAUGGCGGUGGUGAUGCAGUUUCGCCCGUCCCUACGGUCCCCGUGUGGGAUAGACAAGUAGAUGAGUCCUUAGACUAGAUAGAGAUGAAUCGAAGCUAGGAACCCUGUCUUAGCCCUAAUUCUCGUGUGCCAUCCGUCUGUAUUGUGCGAGCCAUUGGCGUAACUUCAUAAUUGCGUUAACCAAUCUUAAUUUCUACAACCUAGAGACAACCAACUAGACGGAUCGCGAAGGGUUAGCCAAACAUGCAUCUCAGAAUCAGGCAUUGUGACAUAGGCAACAUUCCCCGAGGGAAAAAAGGGCCAGAAACGUAAGCCAUAGAUUUACAUAUAAGGAAUCCCAUUGGGGGGCCG